UCUGGACGUACCUCAUCCAGUGGAAGGAGAACCUGAAACAAGUGUCAGCCUGGAAGAAAACUACUCACCUGUGUGUUCUCCAGCACCAACAACACCAAAACAAACAAUGUAAAGCAACAAUGUAAACACUGACACACCAGUGAAUUCAACUCGUUAUGGAAGACCUAUCAGAAUGCCAAUUCUGUCAGUGUUUGUAGUUCAAACAGAGACUGUUGAAAAACAAACAAAAAUCAAAAUAGAAGAAAAAAUAAAACAUUGACAAGACAUUAAUAAUAACAAUGUAAUGACUAUUGUGAUGUCUAUAUUACCAAGAAAAAAAAGCAACGUUUGUUUGCAUAUUGUUUGCAAUGUGAAACACUGAGUUGAAAGAACAUUGUUUUGAGAAACAAAUGAUCCAAAGAAAGAGAGAUGUCAUGCAUAUACUUACCUGUAGUGCCUGAGGGCUGCUCUGUUACUAAUUACUACAUGUCGUCAUCUGUACUUUACACUUGACCCAUUACAUCAGAUAAACAUGGUUAUUUUACCCGCAUUCCUGUGUGCUAGUAUAUUACAAAGCCUAUUGCUCAAAUGCCAUGAGAAAGGAAAGGUCAGUUAUUUCCAUUACAACCUAAACAACAUUAGAAACAGAUAGUAGUAUCCAACUUUCACUUAGGGAAGUGUUUUGUUCCAUAAUGUCCAUCUAAUCAUCAUAUGUGUAGGUGUUGUUUUGGCCUUUGUCAUCACUAACCAGGUCAGUGUACUCAAAUACCAAGAUUGACACCUUAACCCUGUUGUGUGGUCCGGAAACUUUCCCCAGGUCAGCCACAAGUAACCAAAGUGAAACCAUAAGAGGUGCACAGCACAGCCUGGCAUGCAGCUGAGACUGGGAGAUUUUAGAGAUGCAAACAUGUGAAACACAACCUUGUGACAUGUUAUCAUAUUAAUGUGCUGUAGAGUGGGGUUUGAAUAUGUUGACUUGACCUGUAUUUUACUACAGUACUUUCGCACAGAAAGAGAAAGAGGAAGAGAAUAGAAAAAGAAAGCGAAUUACGCACUGACAAAUCAGAAAAGUGAAUGGACUCACAUUGAACAGUGCCAAAACACUAUCAAAAUCUAUUGGUUCAAUUUGAUUUAUAGUAGUAGCUGACAAAUCACAUUGUAAAAUCUAUUUAGGGGAAGGAUGUGACUGACUCAUUUUCACUUAAAGGUCAAUGUUUAUCACGCCCUCGUUUUCUCAUUGGUUGUGAGUGGUGUUCCUCUUUCUCUAUGAGAGUAGUGUGAAUAGUAGGAGGGCCAGUCCCCUACGUGAAGAGUUAUCUAGUCUCUUUGUUUUCCUUCAGUCACUCAGGAAAGUACCAGCCCGACCUGCCUCCUGUCCUGGACAGCUACAGAGGAACACAGAGCAGAACACAGACAUAAAGACGUCCUCGUCGGAUACAGACACAACACACACACAGCAGUGUUCUGAGGUUUCACAGCAGAGGAAGCCAAGAGGACAAUCACACAGCGGCUCCAUCUCUCUCUCUUCCUGCACUCCCUCUGCUGCAUCUCAGGGGACUGAGGUUGCUCUACCCGAGCCUCUCUCCCCCCCACGGCCGGACGCUGCAGAUUGAUGAUGCCGCAGCAGUCGAUGGAUCGCUGUGAGGUUUCAGAGAACUGCCACCAUCAUAGCCCGGGGGCCCAGGGGAGCCAGCGGCGCCUGGUCAGUGGACUCCUUCUCUGGGUCGGUCUCCUCACCGUCAGCCACGUGGUCUCCAUCACCCUCCUCGUCAUCACCAGGCCACACGCACUGCCUCUGCCAGAAAUAGUUUCAGCUCCAAGACCAACAGCAGACACAUCUCCGAGCAUACCCCUGGAGCCACAAAGAGUGCCAUGGCAAAUGCUCACCUUUGAACCCACAAGUAUAGACGAUAAUGAUGUCUCGGUGGUGAGAAGUGUGAUCAAGUGGAAGACGCAGUCCAAGGCGAAUCAUUUUGUCUCCCUAAAGGACGGAUCCCUGACCAUCAACCAGGAUGGUUGUUACUUCCUGUAUCUUCAGGUGACUCUGGAGUCACCAGAGGUGUCUGGACAGCACAUAGUGAGAGUGAACAAGAACAACAGAGUCCUGCUGGAAGUAAGGAUGACCACCACCUCCCUCAGCACAGGGUUCCUGGGCAGGGCUGUGGAUCUAGCAGCCUCCGACAACCUCACAGUCACUGUCUCCCCUAUUGCCAGGAUCAACACCACCUACACCGCCACAUACCUGGGCAUCAUAGGUCCAAAAUUAUACCUGUAGAUUCUAUUGGAUAUAGACACUCCUGUCUUCAUAGACACAUGCUGAGGGCUAGAUCUGGGACUCAUUUGGUAGGGGUUGAUUGAAUAGAUCCUGGGGAUCUGGAGUUAACUGGGAUCAACCCAUCAUCCCACCACCUGUCAGAGAGAUGGAGUAGUGGGGAAGACCAUGUGGGAGACGCCGUAUAUUUGUCUGAAUCUGAUUCAGUCCGACUCCCUGCUCAUCACAGAAGAUUAUUCCACUCCUUUAUACUCUACCUAGCCUUCCAACUGGUUUUGAGCUGCAAGGAUUUUCUUUCCAGAAUUCUAUUGAUUUUUUUAUUUGAUUUUUAUUUAACUAGGCAAGUCAGUUAAGAACAAAUUCUUAUUUACAAUGAGGGCUUACCAAAAUGCAAAAGGCCUCCUGCAUGGAAGGGGGAUUCAAAAUGUAAAAUAAUAAUGUGUCUUGUAAUGUUGGAAAAAUAUGUUUAAAAGUAUUGGUCAUCGUGGGUUAUGGGUUGUACUGUUACUUUAGCAUUUUUCUCUCUUGGAUGAAAUAGCACUGUUUUUAUCGCUCAGGAUUAUAGUUAGUAUGUUUUUCCAGUAAAUAUUGUUUUUUAAGCUAUGAAUGAGGGGAUUGUCUUUUCAAAUCAUGUGCACAGGGUUGUUGAGAGAAUGCACAGUAUCAACAUAUCUUUAAUGUUUACUUUAAUAUUUGUGUAUUGCUUUGUAUUUAAAAUAUUCGUUUUUUACCUAUUUAUGUCUUAUUACAAUAUUAUCUUAUUAUUAUUUUCUUAUUAUUUAUUUUCUAUAUCUAUUUUGAAGGACAUGUUGAGUAUGUUGUAGGAUGAGAUGUAGAGAUAAUCAAUGAAUGUAUGUCACUAACCAGGUUUCCAUUCAAUCGUUUUAUGCGAGUAAAGUACGUCAGGUAAAACAUUAAUGAUGGAAACUGUUUCGGUAAACCUUCCAAAUGUAGACAAAACAAAUUACGGUAUACAAGGUGGGAAUUUUUUGUGUCGGUAAAAUUAGUUAUGCGAGAAAUGGCAGUGGAAACACCUUUUAUGCGCAAAUAUUGAUGUAAUAACCAUCCUAUCGAAGUAAACUUGAAGUCACGCCAUGAUAAAUUGUGGUUCUCCCACUACGACUCGGGAAAGUAUGCAGUUUAUUAGGCUACAGAUUAAAUACAUUAUGAUGAACUUCACAGGGUGGUAAAUGUGCAAGGUGUUGCUCCUUUCCAAUAAAUAUCGAGGGUCUUCUUCUGGUGAUGAUGAUCGAUUCUUGGCUGCCUUUUGACAAAUACAAAUAAUAUUGCUCUUAUCUAAUAGUCGCAUAAUGUUGGUAGCCUGCCGCACUGUAUCUGCGAGCUGUUGGCUAGAGCGCAUGUUCCAAGAUCAGAGUGCACAUUUCCUACUCCAUCAGUAGAGUUCAAAAUGCGAUGGAAACCCAUUUUUCAUUCGGUAGGCUACAUGUGAAUUUAACGGCAGAAGUUAUUUUUUAUCUGCACUACGUCCUCAAGCACAGCCUUUUACCCAUAAAAAAGUAUGUUUGAUGGAAACAUCCCUGGCGGGGGAAUGCACAUAUCGUUUUAGCAUAUUUUUGAAUAUUAGCAUGAAAAUCUAUCGCAAAUUGGAUGGAAACCGACUUUAUAGCGCCAAAUAAACUAGGAUAAAAUGUACGUUGUUACGAAUUCCACAACUGAAGUUCCCGCUGGGAAACAUGAAUGUAAUCUAUUAUAUUAAGAAAGCACUGGAAAUUAUUUUUUUCUCUCCAAACAAAUAAAUGAAGUACAGUAUUUGACUUGUAUAUGGCUUUUAUUUCACCUUCAAAUAUUGUUUGUUGAAGCCAUUACAGAAAUGAGAACUAAUUCAUGACAUGUUGUGAAAUUAUAUGAAAAUAAAGCACAAAUAGCUUUAAAUCUAAUGGUGUCAUACGAACGCUGUGGGGGGUGAGAGCUAUUAUAAACAGAUGUGAAACCACCAGAUGUGAAUCAUUACCAACACAGUGAAAUAAGGGUCAUAUCGAACUACAGAUGUAGGAUCAUCAUUUGAUCCCCCUGUUGCAGAAUAACUUGUAGUGUAUUUGAGUUUUAAAAAGGCUUCUAAAGUUUGUAAUUUCUACACUGAAAUUUCAAACUUGAUUUUCCAUUAAGAAAAAUGUAUCUACAGUGCAUUCGGAAAGUAUUCA